AGAGAGAGAGAGAAAGAGAGAGAGUGAAUGUAGGUUCAACUCUUUCAUUCAUUUUCCUCCAGCCUGUGACUGACUUGACUUACGUGUGGCUGCCAGAAGCCUCACAUGUGCGCAGUCAUGAAUCUGUCCGUCUGCUCCGCGUGCGCGCUCCUCCUCGCGCUCCUGUUCGCUUGCUCUGACUCGCUUCCAGAUUCAGCGCGCGCUCCCGCUGCCAAAGUGCGUCUGGCAGGUAACGGCCAUAGCGAAAGCGAGGGCCGCGUGGAGGUCUUGCACAACGGAACGUGGGGUACCGUGUGUGACGACGAGGUCGAUAUUAAACUCGCCAAUGUGGUUUGUAGGGAACUGGGUUUCCAAAGUGGCAUAACAUGGGCGCACAGUGCCAAGUAUGGAGAAGGAGAGGGCCCAAUUUGGAUGGAUAACGUGAGGUGCGAUGGGACAGAGAAAACUCUGAAAGACUGCAAGUCGAACGGGUGGGGUGUGAACGACUGUAAGCACUCCGAGGACCUCGGGGUGGUCUGUAGUCCAGAGAGACGGCUGGACCAAGUGCAUCCAGGAACGUCCAGAAGGGGGCACACCAUUGCUCUCAGACCAAAUGCAGUCACCUCGAACCGUUGGCAGGACAUUUACUCCAGUUCAAGGUCACCUGCGCAUCUGAGGCAAGGCAAUGGGCAUUCGGAGGAUAACGCGGGAUGGGAUCAGCUCUCCAGACAGCAGUUUCAAAAUCCGUCUGCCCGCAAGGUGAGGAUCGAAGAAGUGCGCCUGCGGCCGGUUUUGACGGCUACAAAGAGGCGUGCGCUUAUCACCGAGGGCGUGGUUGAAGUGAAGCACGCUGGGAGAUGGAGACAGGUGUGUGAUAAAGGCUGGAGUCUUAACAGCAGCAGAGUCGUAUGUGGAAUGCUGGGCUUUCCUGACGCUGAGAAACCCAACAUCAACACUUACAAAAAAAUAUGGGAUAAGAAAGUCAAGGAUUCAUCAACCAGAUUAAGUCAAAUGGCUAAAAAGAAGGGAUUCUGGGUUGAAAAAUUGCAUUGUCUGGGCACCGAACAGAGUUUAGCAGAUUGCCACGCUCAGCUCUCAAUCCCCAGAAGCUCGGGUCCAUGUAAAAACGGUCGGCAUGCUGUGGCCCGCUGCGUACCAGGACCUCAAUUCGCCCGCAUGUCUUCUGGGAGACCUCAGGCCCCUCAUCCGGUGGAGUUGCCAGUGCGUCUAAAGGCAGGGCCACGUCUGGGAGAAGGUCGAGUCGAGGUUCUGCGAGAAGGGAAGUGGGGAACUGUGGUUGACCACCUAUGGGACCGUAUCUCAGCCAGCGUUGUGUGCAGAGAGCUGGGCUUCGGCACAGCCAAAGAGGCUCUCACUGGAGCGUACAUGGGCCAAGGAACGGGGCCGAUCCAUAUAAACUCUGUGAAGUGCACAGGCACAGAACGUUCAAUUCUGGACUGUUUCUUCCAGGAAGUCCCUCCCUGGACGUUUAAACAUAACCGGGAUGCUUCGGUCAAAUGCAAUGUUCCUAAGACAGGACUGGAAACCACAGUGCGGCUGGCAGGAGGCAGGGACACGGGCGAGGGUCGUGUGGAGGUGCUCGUGGAGGUCGGGGGCAGAAAGCGAUGGGGGACGGUUUGCAGUGAGAACUGGGGAAUAAAUGAAGCCAUGGUGGUGUGCAGACAGCUGGGCUACGGCUUCGCUGCACGUGCCCAUCAGGACACCUAUUACUGGCAAGGUGACCCUGCAGCACAGGAAGUGGUGUUGAGUGGGACUCACUGCGUAGGAACUGAACUUUCCAUCCAGCAGUGUCGUCGUAAUAGUCACAUUCACUGCCCGCGUGGAGGCGGGGCUAAAGCAGCCGGCGUCACCUGUUCUGAAACGGCACCGGAUUUGGUUUUGGAUGCCCAGCUUGUACAGGAGAGCGCUUACCUGGAGGACAGACCUCUGCACCUGCUUACCUGUGCCCACGAGGAGAACUGUCUUUCCUCUUCUGCCAGCCGCAUGAACUGGCCGUACGGUCACCGGCGACUUCUGCGCUUCUCUUCACGAAUCAUGAACUUGGGCAGAGCCGACUUCCGUCCCCGCGCGUCACGCGAAUCCUGGACCUGGCACCAGUGCCACAGGCAUUAUCACAGCAUUGAAGUCUUCACUCACUAUGACCUCUUAACGCUUAAUGGAAGUCGUGUGGCUGAGGGACACAAAGCCAGUUUCUGUUUGGAGGACACCUUCUGCCCCGAAGGACUUCACAAACGAUAUUCAUGUUACAAUUAUGGAGAUCAAGGGAUUACGGUGGGUUGCUGGGACACCUACCGCCACGAUAUCGACUGUCAGUGGAUCGACAUCACGGAUGUGAAUCCUGGAGACUACAUCAUGCAGAUCGAGGUCAAUCCAUCCCUGGACAUGGCCGAAUCGGACUUUAUGAACAACGUCAUGCGCUGUCGAUGCCGAUAUGAUGGGCACAGAGUUUUUAUGUAUGGCUGCCAUGCAGGUGAUGCCUACAGCGCUGAAAUUGAGGAUUUAUUUGAGCAUCAGCGUCAGAUCACCAAUAACUUCAUCUGAGAGAGGUGAGAGGAGAAAAUGAUCUUCCAGGGCUCCCAGUAAGCGACUCAUUGGAAAAUAAACUGGGUGAUAAAGAGAUCAUCUUCACUGAUCUUAGGACAGUCUACCAAUAGCACCACUGAGUGGAAAAGAUCUACAUAGCUAAACUGUUGUAUCUACGGUAUUGAACCUACAAUGUUUGGAAAACAACUGAAAAAUAUACUGUUAUUAGUAUCCAUGGGUUAAGAGUUAUGGCUGAUUCAUGCUUCACCAAAAAUAAAAACUUGUUGUUGAAGUGUGAAUUAGGGCCUUUAGGGACUUUACUUUUAGAGACGAUAAGUAUUUUAAUUGAGUGGAUUUUCAUUCGAAAAAACAUCAUAGCUCGAAAUGCCUAUUGUAACUUUUUUUAUUUAAUUUCAGUUCAUUUUUGGGGGGUUAUGCACUUUAUUUGACCGUCAGUAUUCUGGUAUAAAUGGGCCAGUCACUUGCAUAUAUCAACACACUUCUGUUUGUUUGUAUGUUUGUUUGUUCAAUGUUUAGUUAUCCGUACCUCCCUUUUCUUUAUAAUCACUUGCCAAUGACUUUCCUAGAUCUUAAAGGAGAACAAAGGAUGUUGUAUAUGCUGAGGAUUAAUUUAUUUAAUAUCUUAAUUUUCUAGGUGAGAGUUUUAUUAAACGCUUGCUAAAUGGUUGAGUGCUUUAAGAUAGAUGAUGAUUUGAGAUUGAAUGAAAUAUGUUGCCUUAAAUGCGAUUUACACUUCUUAGUUUUCAUUUAUAGGCUACUUUUGCGUCAUUGUACGAUUGACGUGCAAUUACACAUGCAGAUCGCUAGUAGGCAAUGUCCACAGGUAUGUUACAGUAUCAAGGCAAAGAAGACAAAGCUUGUUGUGUACGUUGUUUGAGAAGCAUCAGCGGUGAUGGAGGUAAAUAGACAGCUUAAAUAUGCUAAAUAUCGCUCCUCAACUCGUUCCAUCAUUGUUUAUACCAUUGCAAGCGGAAAUGUGUUUGAGGAAAUGCGACACAGAUUUUGUUCUGAUUGGAGGCCUGGGUAGAACUGAUGGGUUGUUACAUUUUUGGAGAGAUGUACAAAAGUAUAAAUUGGGUUUUAGUCUAGUGCAUACUUUAGAUUUAGAAAAACACAUAACAUUGAUGAUGCAGUUGUUACAAGGAUGCAAACAGUUGUAAAGACAAAUCUUACUUUUUUAGUGUAAAGCAGUGAUCUUAUAUAUUUUUAAAGUAAAAAAGAUACAUUAUUAAGGUAAGGAAAUAACAUCUCACUUGUACUGUAUAAGAAAAAAAAUGAUUAUUUACUUUUGUAAUUAUUUAAACAGCUACAUAACUUAUAUAAAUAACAGCAGGUAUUGUGCAUGUUAUAAACUGAAAUGUGUUUAUUUCAAAGUUUGUCGUCUAUACACAUAUUUAUACCAUAAUGCUUGAUUUCAUAAGCCAUUUUGGCUAUAAUGGUCUUAAAGACUUGUGAAUUUUAAGUGAAUCUUCUGAGCACUCUCCUUAAAAAUAAAGGUGCUUCAUGAUGUCAUACAAGAACCUGAAUGGUUCCAUGAAGAACCAUUAACACCUGAAGAACCUUUUUGUUUCACGAAAGGUUCUUUGUAGAGAAAGAUUUGAUAUUUUAGGACCCUUUGACUAAAUGGUUCUUCUAUGGCAUCACUGUGAGCACUUUUAUUUUAAGGGAAUAGAUUAUUUGUAUUACUUACAACUUAUUUCUGUGUGUAGCACAGCUAAUCUCUUGCUAUGUCCAUACUCUUAUUUUUUCUUUAUGAUAUAGAGUUGUUUACCAUUUUCAAGUUAACUUAUUUUGUGUGCAGUUACUCUUACCAUGUUACUCUUGUGUACUCUUGUCAUUUUACAGGUGCAUUUAUUUAUGAUUUAUGACAUCAUGUUACUGUAUGUUCUUAGUUUUUAUGUUGCAUAAAUUCGUUACAUAAUUUCAAGUAAAUGUUUGGGGCUACUUGUGAACUGUCCUGGCAUGACAUUAAAACUCUUAAUGUUUUCUCCGGUCCUUCAACAUAACUUGGGCACCCAACUAGUCAACAUUUAAAGUGGAUCAAAAACCUUUCAGCGAAAAUGUCUUAAAAUUGAAACCCAAUACCUGCUCUUGUCUUAGGACAACUUUGAUGAAUGUUUUUGAUCCGCUUCAAAUGUUGACUAGUAUAUAUUAAUUCCUGAAACUACAGUGUGCUAUAAAACUUUUUGGUUUGUGAUGGAUGCUACAUGAAUAAGUCAAACAGCUGACCUUACAGUAAAUGUGAAUAUAUAUAUAAUGCUCAUCAGGUCUCAUUAAGCUGUCUAUACUCAGUUUCUCUGCUUGAUGUGUCCCAUGAUCCAUUGCACAUUGACUAGACUUUAUUAUUAUCAAUAAAUGUGUGUUUGUGAAAGGUUGAUGACUGUGUUUAAUUUUUUUGUGGAACAAACAAAAUAAUAAUAAUAAUAAUAAUAAUGUACUUAUUGUGAAAGGUGUUUUCAU